GCGCGGCAGCGCGAAGGCCCCCUCAGGCGGCGCCGAGGGCAGCCCCGCAGCCGGGGCCUGGUGCAGCCGCCGCGGCCGCUGUCAGGGAAGCGCAGGCGGCCAAUGGAACCCGGGAGCGGCCGCUGCUGCUGAGGCGGCGGUGUCGGCAACCCGACCCCGACCGCCCGCACCCCCUCCGCCGGGGUCCCCCGGAGAGGGUGUUUCAGAAGGAUGGAGCAAGUUUGAAGCAGUUCCUAUCAGAUUACACUUUGCUGGAGGAAUGAACAGGCCUGCGUGGAAACUGAGUGAGCUUGGAAGCUCAGAGUCUGGCUGUGGCCAUGGGAGACACGGUAGUGGAGCCUGCCCCCCUGAAGCCAACUUCCGAGCCCACUCCUGGCCCACCAGGGAAUAAUGGGGGCUCCUUGCUAAGUGUCAUCACGGAGGGGGUCGGGGAGCUCUCGGUGAUUGACCCUGAGGUGGCCCAGAAGGCCUGCCAAGAGGUGCUGGAGAAAGUCAAGCUCUUGCAUGGAGGCGUGGCCAUCUCUAGCAGAGGCACCCCACUGGAGCUGGUCAAUGGGGAUGGUGUGGACAGCGAGAUCCGUUGCCUGGACGACCCACCUGCCCAGAUAAGGGAGGAGGAAGAUGAGAUGGGGGCCACGGUGGCCUCAGGCACAGCCAAGGGAGCAAGAAGGCGGCGGCAGAACAACUCGGCCAAACAGUCUUGGCUGCUGAGGCUGUUUGAGUCAAAACUGUUUGACAUCUCUAUGGCCAUUUCAUACCUGUAUAACUCCAAGGAGCCUGGGGUGCAGGCCUACAUCGGCAACCGGCUCUUCUGCUUUCGUAAUGAGGAUGUGGACUUCUAUCUGCCCCAGUUGCUUAACAUGUACAUUCACAUGGAUGAGGAUGUGGGUGAUGCCAUCAAGCCCUACAUAGUCCACCGCUGCCGCCAGAGCAUUAACUUUUCCCUCCAGUGUGCUCUGUUGCUGGGGGCCUACUCUUCAGACAUGCACAUUUCCACUCAGCGACACUCCCGUGGGACCAAGCUGCGGAAGCUGAUCCUCUCAGAUGAGCUGAAGCCCGCUCACCGAAAGAGGGAGCUGCCCUCCUUGAGCCCAGCCCCCGAUACAGGGCUGUCUCCCUCUAAAAGGACUCACCAGCGCUCUAAGUCAGAUGCCACUGCCAGCAUAAGUCUCAGCAGCAACCUGAAACGAACAGCCAGCAACCCUAAAGUGGAGAAUGAGGAUGAGGAGCUCUCCUCCAGCACCGAGAGUAUUGAUAAUUCAUUCAGUUCCCCCGUCAGACUGGCUCCUGAGCGAGAAUUCAUCAAGUCCCUGAUGGCGAUUGGCAAGCGGCUGGCCACGCUCCCCACCAAGGAGCAGAAGACACAGCGGCUGAUCUCAGAGCUCUCCCUGCUCAACCACAAGCUCCCCGCCCGAGUCUGGCUGCCCACUGCCGGCUUUGACCACCACGUGGUCCGCGUGCCCCACACCCAGGCUGUCGUCCUCAACUCUAAGGACAAGGCUCCCUACCUGAUCUAUGUGGAAGUCCUCGAAUGUGAAAACUUUGACACCACUAGUGUCCCUGCCCGGAUCCCCGAGAACCGAAUUCGGAGCACCCGGUCUGUAGAGAACCUGCCCGAAUGCGGCAUCACCCAUGAACAGCGGGCAGGCAGCUUCAGCACUGUGCCCAACUAUGACAAUGAUGACGAGGCCUGGUCGGUGGAUGACAUAGGCGAGCUGCAGGUGGAGCUCCCUGAAGUGCACACCAACAGCUGUGACAACAUCUCCCAGUUCUCCGUGGACAGCAUCACCAGCCAGGAAAGCAAGGAGCCUGUGUUCAUUGCAGCAGGGGACAUCCGACGGCGCCUUUCGGAGCAGCUGGCUCACACCCCCACAGCCUUCAAACGAGACCCAGAAGACCCUUCUGCAGUUGCUCUCAAAGAGCCCUGGCAGGAGAAAGUGCGGCGCAUUAGAGAGGGUUCCCCCUAUGGCCAUCUCCCCAAUUGGCGGCUCCUGUCAGUCAUUGUCAAGUGUGGGGAUGACCUUCGGCAGGAGCUGUUGGCCUUCCAGGUGUUAAAGCAACUGCAGUCCAUUUGGGAACAGGAGCGAGUACCCCUGUGGAUCAAGCCAUAUAAGAUUCUUGUGAUUUCGGCCGACAGUGGCAUGAUUGAACCAGUGGUCAACGCUGUAUCCAUACACCAGGUGAAGAAGCAGUCUCAGCUCUCCCUGCUCGAUUACUUCCUACAGGAGCAUGGCAGUUACACCACUGAGGCAUUCCUCAGUGCCCAGCGCAAUUUUGUGCAGAGUUGUGCUGGCUACUGCUUGGUCUGCUACCUGCUACAGGUCAAGGACAGACACAAUGGGAACAUCCUGUUGGACGCAGAAGGCCACAUCAUCCACAUCGACUUUGGCUUCAUCCUAUCCAGCUCACCCCGAAACCUGGGCUUUGAGACAUCAGCCUUUAAGCUGACCACAGAGUUUGUGGACGUGAUGGGCGGCCUGGAUGGCGACAUGUUCAACUAUUACAAGAUGUUGAUGCUGCAGGGGCUGAUUGCUGCUCGGAAACACAUGGAUAAGGUGGUGCAGAUCGUAGAGAUCAUGCAGCAAGGUUCUCAGCUUCCUUGCUUCCAUGGCUCCAGCACCAUCCGCAACCUCAAGGAGAGGUUCCACAUGAGCAUGACUGAGGAGCAGCUCCAGCUGCUGGUGGAGCAGAUGGUGGACGGCAGCAUGCGGUCUAUCACCACCAAACUCUAUGACGGCUUCCAGUACCUCACCAACGGCAUCAUGUGACACCCUCCUCCUCAGGCCCCAGCGCGAUGGGGGGUUCAGGGGACCCUCCCUGGGAAGGCCCUUGGAGAAACCCUAAGCCAGGAAGCCCCACCCACCCAGCCAUCCACCAAGGGAAAUGGAAGGCAAGAAAUACAAAGGAUCAUGUGGUAACGGUAGAACUUGCCAGGGCAGGUGGGGAGAGCCAGCUGUGGGGCCCAGGCUGACUGGGGCUCCCUUGCCGCCACCCCAGCUGUGUCAGUAUUACCACCUGAUGGACUCCAGGACUCACUGCCCUCCAGAGAACAGAAGUGAUAAAUGUGGGGGGCGCUGGGGCCUCGCUUCUCCUCACCAGGGUCCGAGAGGUUCUUUCCACAGGCCAUCCUCUUCAUGUGUUCUGGGUCCCAGGAAGGAGAAGAGAGUAGGUUCUUGGUACUUAGGACUUAAUCCUGUGGUUGGCCUUUGGCCAUGCUGCUGCCUGACUGCCCCCUCCCAGGGACUGAGCCCUAGCCCGAGUUCCCCUGGGUAGGUGGGCUUUGGCAUAGGGUCCUGCACUUGCUGAGGUCCCCCAUCCCAGAAGUGAGGAAGGGGGUGAUCACGGCCCCUCCAGUCUGAGGGUACUGGCCUAGCCUCGGGGAAUUCCUUGCCCUGAUCCCUUCCCCACACCCAGGGAGAUAGCUCUCAAUUUUUUAAUUUUUGUUUGAAAUAAAGUCCUUAGUUAGCCAUC